UCACCUUUUCAUAUGUAGGGUUCAUAAUUCCCUCUCAUCUUUUUGCCUCUUCCCUUUAUUUAUUUAUUUUUUUCUAAGUAAUUUUUCUUCUCUUCUUGCCCUGUAUAUAUCUCUUCUUGGAUAUAAUUCUGAGAUGAUGGUGUAGUAAAAGUUCGAUAUAUACUGUUAAGUUGACUUGUAUGCACAAUUGGUUCUGAGUUUUAUGCAGAGCUUGAACGAUGGAUACAACCACGGAAUCCUGCGUUCCGCCCGGUUUUCGGUUCCAUCCCACGGACGAAGAGCUCGUCGGGUACUAUCUUCGGAAGAAGGUUGCGUCCCAGAAGAUCGAUCUUGAUGUUAUAAGAGAUAUUGAUCUGUACAGGAUUGAGCCAUGGGAUCUUCAAGAUAAAUGUCGAAUCGGAUAUGAGGAGCAGAACGAGUGGUAUUUCUUCAGCCACAAGGACAAGAAGUAUCCAACGGGGACAAGGACGAACAGGGCUACCAUGGCAGGGUUUUGGAAGGCUACCGGAAGAGAUAAGGCCGUCUACGACCGGACGAAGCUCAUUGGCAUGCGGAAAACCCUCGUCUUCUACAAAGGAAGGGCUCCUAAUGGUCAGAAAACUGACUGGAUCAUGCACGAAUAUAGGCUUGAAUCUGAAGAGAAUGGCCCUCCACAGGAAGAGGGGUGGGUGGUUUGCCGGGCUUUCAAGAAACGAUCGACAGGGCAAACGAAGAGCAUCAACGAAGGCUGGGACUCGACAUACUACUACGAAGAAUCUACGGGUGUUAGCUCAAUAGCGGAGUCCAUCAAUUACAUAGCUAGGCAACAUCAGCAGCCGCAGCCCUCAUCCUUUCGAGCCCAGAACUUGAUCUGCAAGCAAGAGACCGAAGCCACCGAAAGUCUACAUUUCGUACAGUCCGAUCAAUUCGUGCAGCUCCCACAGCUUGAGAGCCCAUCACUGCCGCAGAUCAAGAGGCCUGGCUCGACAUCAAUCGCCACAGAAACGAAUAACAACGAAGAAGAUGCUAGUGACAAGUACAUGAUGAGGGGAAUUAGCAGUACAUCAAAGAAGGUGACGGAUUGGAGGGACCUCGACAAAUUCGUGGCGUCUCAGCUCAGCCACGGUGACGGAUACGACGAGGUCAACGUCGUUGGGCCGAGCUUUGAGAGCGGCGUCGAUGAUUUCGGACUGCUGCUACUGCAAAGUGGUAGGGAAGAAUCUGCGGGCCCGAAGCUUAGUGAACUCUCAACUACUGAUUGUGAUUUUGGGAUUUGCAUAUUUAAUAAAUGAAUUGUUGUGGGAUUAUGGAGAUAUGAUCAUGGCAUUGUUUUAUGCCAGUUGAUUGAGUUACAUACAUAUAUAUAAAUAUAUAUAUUACAAAUAUAUAAAAUUUUUGUGAACAUGUUUGGUUGGGAAAUUAUAAAAGAAGUUUA